AUGAAUAAUUUCUCUUCUAGGACUUUAUGGAGAUUUGGACACUCUGCCAGACUACUGAAAAGUAAUCAUUUUAGGACAGCUGCAUCAAAUACAUCAUUUCCAGCAGUUUGGCUGCUGUUGGAGCAAUAUUCUGGCAGAAUACCUGGGCUGUUUGUAAAAAGAGGUAUUUUUUUUACAAUGCCCGAAAUGGUGGAGGAAAAAGCCAAUCUAGACCUGUACUCGCCACAUCCAGAAGUGCGUGGGAUGACUGUGCUCAACAGAGAAGCUUUUAAAAGGACAGUUGUUGUCCCAGUUCUUAAAGUCAAGAAAGAAAUUGUGAACACCGUGCUCAAGUCCCUGAAAGAUACGGUACUGCAGCGGCCGGGUCUGAAGCGGGUGGUUGAGGACCCAGAAGAUGAGGACAAUAGACUUCUUAUCCUGGAUCCCCAUAAAGUACCAGACUUCUCACUGGGACAGUCGGAGCAAGAGGUAUUAAACCAGCUUAAUAUUCAUCCUGAGGUGUCCAAGUAUAACUUGGAGCUGACCUACGAGAAUUUCAAGUCAGAGGAGAUCCUACGAGCAGUCCUUCCUGAGGGUCAAGAAGUCACCUCUGGAUUUAGCCGUAUUGGUCACAUAGCUCAUUUGAAUCUUAGAGAUCAUCAGCUACCCUACAGACAUUUGAUUGGCCAGGUUAUAAUAGACAAGAACCCGGGCGUCACCUGCGUCGUGAAUAAAACCAGUAUCAUCGACAGCACGUACAGGAACUUCCAAAUGGAGGUGCUGGCUGGGGAGAGCAACAUGGUAACCAAGGUGAAGGAGAACAACCUCACGUACGAGCUGGACUUCUCCCAGGUGUACUGGAACCCGCGCCUCUCCACGGAGCACGGCCGCUUGGUGGGGCUGCUGCGGCCCGGGGACGUCCUGGCCGACGUCUGCGCUGGCGUCGGGCCCUUC